AUUAAUAAAAUUAUUUUUGUCCAAAUCAAUAAGUCGCAUUUCCGCUUGCUUUCUAUUGAGUUUCCUAUGUAUGUUGCUCACACGCUCUCUACAAUUAUUAAUCAACAACUGUUAAAAUUCUUCUGCUUAAUCUACACUUUUAAUCUGAUUCUGUAUUUACAUUUGUUUUCCGCAUAAGUACCAUAAGCCAACAAGCAUGCACUAUCUUUUUGUGCUGCCUUUGGAAGAUUUAUUAGUGGAUUAUGUAGAAUUAAGUGGAUCUUCACUGGCUUAGCUGUAGUUAUUAAAUGAUAUUAUAUGUUUUUUUUUUGGUUAAGUAUUAAUGGAAGAAGCCUUGAUUUGUUUAAGCUAGUUAUUUAUGUUGUAACUAACAAAAAGCUUGUUAUUUCUUCCCAUAUAAUCACUUAGUUAAUUUUGAUAAUUAAAUUUACAAAUAAUUUGGUAAGGUACUUUUAUUGAGUGUCGAAAGAUUAGGUACGAGGAAACCAACUCUUAUAAAGUUUUUAUAAUCUCUUUCAAUUUAAAAAAUCGAAAAUACUUUGAAGAGUGGAUGCAGAUUCAAUUCAAAUUUAAAAAAUCGAAAAUACCUAGUACAAUACAAAAUUACCAACCAUCACACGAUCAAGAAAAUUUAAGUGUAGGAUUAUAAGUACUUUUAGUAAUAUUUUUUAAUUAAAGUUAAAGUUUUAUUUCCCUGAAGUAUACUGAAUUUUAAUACUGAUGUGUUAAUUUUUAAUGUUGAAUUUUAUUGUACAGUAUCAAACUAAAAAUUUAAUUCCUGAUGAAAAAAUAAUACUACCAUAGUGCAUUAAAUUUUGACUAAAUAAAUAGGAGAGAACAAGAGAAUGGAAGCACGUGACUAGAAUUAUUAAAAAAACAUUUUGUCUUGUAUUAGUCCUUCAGCUAACUAUUUAUAAUAACAAAAGUUUCAUACAGGGUGUUGACUAACCUUACUCCAUUCUCUGCAAUGGCAUCGACCAUUUAAAGACUAUUUGCUCAUCGUUUUGAGGCUUUUUCUUACUCUUUCAAGCACCAUGGCUCAAUCUGCACUGUAUGUGACAAAUGAAGGAUACUCUUUCCUUGUUGGUUUUUAGUUUAAAACUCAUAAAACAGAAGUAAUUAACACGACAUGUUGAUUCUCACAGUAUUACUUAAGUUAGAUUAUGUGUGCUUGUGGUUUCAGAUUAUCGAGUGGAGUGGAGCUUGCACCUCUUGUGAUAAGCACUGGUCUUCUUCGCAGAUCAUGGGAUGCUAUUUCAUCUCGUUAUGAAGGAAUCGUUUCAAACAAGGGAGAAGGACUAUCAUGGAAAGUCUAUAAGGAUUUUGAUUCAGAUUUUAUGAUUAUAGCGUUUGAGGCAACAUCAGAUUCUUUCAAUUUUCAAGCGGAUUUGACUCCAUCUUCUGCUCUAAGAGAGGAGAAUUUCCUUCACUUUGAUUUUCUGUGUACCAAAGCCAACCCAGUUUUCUCUAUCAACAGCACUGCAUUUUCACUCUUCUAUAGAAACCAUCAGAGGCUUGAUGAGUGGAAGAAAUCUGAUUUUGAGGUACAUCUCCUCCUUUCCCUUGUAUUUUUUAUGCCUCUUUUGAUUUCUCUUUGGAAAAUUAUAAGCUGAAAACACCUUAUCUGGCCUGCAUGAAAAACUGUGUAUUUCCUACAUAUCUAGAGAUUGAUGAUGUGUGUCCUGAUCAAGCUUAUUAAUUCUGUUCUGAAUUUAGCUGUUUGACUUUGUAAAUUGUUCAUAACCACCCUAUGGUAUCACAUUGUUUAGCUUUAAAAUUUCUCUUUUUUUCAUAAAAGAAACAAAAAGAGUAGGGACUUUUUGCCUUAGAAGUUAUAAUUCUAUACCCUUUAAGUCCAAUGUUUUGGGAUAAAAUUAUUAUAACUUUAGAGCAAGCAACAGUUUGCUAAGUUUGUCUUAAAUAUAGUGUAGUUCUUCUGCAUGCUUGUAGGGGUCAUAUAUUGUUCUUCCCAUGUAUAUCUUUACAUAAAAAUCCUAGUGCAGAUGAAUAGUGCCACUCCAUUGAUUGUUACUGGACAUGGUCUUGGAGGAUCAAUUGCUUCUCUCUUCACUAUAUCACUAUUAGAUGGCAUGCGGUCAGUAAAGAAUCGCCCACUCUGCAUCACCUAUGGUUCACCCCUCAUUGGUGACAAGCAGUUGCAACAAGCCAUAUCACCUAGUCCUAUGUGGAAUUCUUGCUUUCUACACGUUGUGUCAAUCAAAGACCCACUUCCAAGACUCUUCAUUACAAACCAUAGCUCUUCAGCUGCAGCAUUGAGUCCUAAAAUCAGCACCUACAUGCCUUUUGGAACAUAUCUAUUGUGUUCUGAUGUAAAUUCUACUUGUUUUGACAACCUUGAUUCUAUUUUGGAACUUCUCAUAGCAUCGGGCUCAAUCUAUGGUCAGAAUCAAGGAUUUCAAUUUACUGAGUACGAAAAUAUGGUAGAAAAUCUCACUCAUAAAGCAAUUUGCAAGGACCUAACUAUUGUGGAUGAAAACGAGCCUCUUCCAAAAUCGGAUUCAGUACUUGCAAGUAGUAUCAGUUUACAGUUGCGCGCAUUAGGAUUGACACCACAUAUGCAGGUAGACCAUAUAUUCUAUUAUCAAACUACUACAAUUAUCUAAUUGUGCCUUAUUUUUACUUAUUAUCUGUAAUCAAACUAGUAUCUGGUAACCAUAAAAUGCAUUUUCCGUUUCCUCAUCUCUAAAUUUGACUUGGCAGAAGCAACAAAACGAUAUUGAUAUAAAUAAUCUGGAAAUAAAUUUGAAAAGACUGGAAGUAAAAUCCAUCAUGCAGAGGAGGGUUAAAUUUAACCCGUCCAAGAAAUUGAAUCAUAUGAAGAUAACUAUGGCCCAACUUGAAUGGUACAAGAAGGAAGCUAAAAAGCGGGAAAUAGGGUACUAUGACAGCUACAAGAACAUGGAGUCAUUAGUGGAUGGCGAUGUUGUUGCAUUCCAUAAACAACUCAGAAUUUACUGGGAAAAAAUGGUGGAAGAAGAAAAUAUAAAGCCUCAGAAAGAAGUUGCAGCCUUUCGUAAGAGCUGGCUCUUUGAUGGGACUAAUUACAGGAGAAUGAUUGAACCUUUAACUAUUGCUGAUUACUAUAAACAUGGUGAAAAAGACUAUAUGGCUAAUAGACCUAAACACUUUGUACACUUGGAGGAGUGGUUUAGGAAUGAGACAACAAAAGACAAAACAAGUAAUGUAGAAGCUAUUUUAAGAAUACAAGAUUCUCAAUUUUGGGCAUGUGUUGAAAAGGCUCUCCUUUCUCGCCAACAGUCCAUGGUUUCCCAAGACGUGGAAGAUAACUGGGACAUGUUAUCUUGUGAGGAGAAUGAAGAACCUAUUCCAACAAUGUGUCCUAGAUUUUGGGCACGUGUUGACCACCUUCUUCUUUCAAGCAAAGAGUUGAACCUUGUUGAAGAAAAUGAAAAUGGAACAAAUAAGAACAUUGAUGAAGAUUAUUCAUGCUUUGAGGCACAUGUUGAUGUGGCUCUCCUUUCCCGACAAGGGUCAAUGGUUGUCAAAGAGAAUGGAAGGAAUGUACGUAGAUUUGGUGCACGUGUUGACGAGGCCCUCCUUUCCCGCCAAGAAUCUAUGGUUUUCAGAGAGAACCUGAAGAGAAAUAGAAAGAUACGUGUGGAACUUAUUUUAAGAACUGAUUCUUGCUUUUGGGCACAUGUUGAAGAGGCUCUCGUUGCAUGCGAAGAGUUAAAGGUUGUCCAAGAGCCAGAAAUACUGAUGAAAUUGAUUGAGUUUGAGGAUUAUGUCUAUGGGUUGCUCCAGAAUUAUGAAGUGUCUCCAGAUAUUUUCUUGAAGCAAAGCAGCUAUAUGAGGUGGUGGAAUGAGUAUAAGGCGAUUAAGGGAAGUUCAUAUAAUUCCGAACUCACAAGCUUCAUGAACGAUCCUAGCAAGCGUGUGCGGUAUGCUUUGGGUGCUUAUCAUUUCCCUGAUUCCCCUGAAUUGUAA